AGCAUAGCAUAAUGUAUAGAGAAAUAGGAUCACUGUGCUGUAUACCUGAAACUACGUAACACUGUGUCAACUGCAUUCAAAAAAGGGGGAAAAAGGCACUUUUUCAGACAACAUAGGGGGUGGUGUGUGCCCACUGAUGGACCAAAUAAGGGGAAGGCCUUGGUGUGCACUUUGAGUGGGACCAAAGCAAUAGAAGGAAGAAGGUUCACUGUGAAAAGCUGGGAAGGAGCAAGAAAGAGGACCUGGAAACAACUGAGGUGGGUGAGACCUCUCCUCCUCCUUACCACCGUUGUGUUCCCCUCCUCAUGUGAAAUCAGGGUGUUCCUUUGCUCCUGGCCUUGUUUUCCCGGAGCCACUGGGGUCUGAUGGUGCAGGCAGCAGCAGUGGGAGGGGACCGGCCAGGCUGACGCCUGCCUGUGGAAUAUACUGUUGAUUCAGCUGCCGCUCUCUGCUGAGUCCUGCUGAGGCCCCUUUGCAGCCUGUGUACUGCUCUCUGUCCUCAUUCCCUGGGCCCUUCAUCUGGAAGGGAUGCAAAGUUGGGUUUAUUUUGUUUUUGUGCCUGGAUGUCUAUAGCAAGCCUUUAUUACAUAGUCUCCAAGAGGCUUUUUUUUUUUUUUUUUUUUUUCUCCAAGAGACUUUUGCACAGCACGCUGAUGGGGGAUCCAGAGCUUCCAGAGGAACUUAUUUUCCCUUGCUCCCUGCUCUCAGAUAGCAUUAGGUUGGGUAAAAUGUGCAGUUGGCUUUAUUGUUGAGAUGUGGAGGGAGCCAUGUGACCUCAUCACGGGGUCUUCUUGGGCUUCAGGACUGGAAAAGGGAGCCACGUGGAAACGUGUUUUUUUAAGGAACUCUGUCAGUCUUGUAACUUUUUCCUUCUUUGUUGCAGUGUAUAAGAAGCCUGGGCCAUAGUUUGCAUCUGUCCUGUCUUUGGUGGCAGUUGUGUAGGACUUGGUGUCAUGAAGGUGUUUGAACCUUAUUUUUGACUUCAUCUUUUUUCACACUCCCCAUUAAAGCAAAUCAAACCAAAAACCUUUUUACUUAGUGUCUCAACAAGUUGGGUAUCCUAUAUCUUCAUAUGCUAUUUCAUGAUGUAGGUCAUACAAUUUUUUAAAAAGAGGAAAUGUGAAAUCCCAUCCUGCUUUUUUAAUGGAAAUUUCAUAUCUAAUUUUCACUGCGAAGAAAAAGGCCCUGGUAUCUUGCACAGUUAAUAUAUCCUUAAGACUCCUGUGAAACCUCACUAGCAGCAUCUAGCCUGUGUCUAAAGUGAGGUAUUUCAACUCUGUUCUUCACCGGUUGUGUAAAGCCAGGUCUCUCAAAGGGACAGACUCCGCUCUGGUUAGAAAAGGCAUUCAAGAUCUGAGACCUAGAACUGGGCCCCCAGCAGGAGCUCCUGAUGUACUGAGGGCUGACCAGAAGGCUGGGGCCUUGCUCCUCCUUGGCCUUCUUUCUGCCCAUGGCCCAACAGUAGCUCAGAGUAAGGGGGCAGUGUGUGUUUGACUCACUUUUGGGGUGGACAGCUGGGAGCACUUCGAUGAAUGUGGUCAGCGAUCUGGGAGCAGGGAGCAUUUCCCAGGUUGGUAGAGAUGAGUUCCGUGUAAAUACAAUGUACACUCAGGGUUUUGGAGGUGGAUUUCAUGCCUCCUCGGGUCACAAGGCCCGUCCUACUAAGCAGACUUGCUGUAUAGUCGAUGAGGAGUGAGUAUACAUUCUAAAGCUAUGGAAGGAAGACUUCCUGCCUUGAUGCCCCUUGUAAUGAGAGAAACCAAGGACAACGUUUCAGUGCCGACCAUGUGGCUGACUCACAAGUUAUUCAGGAGGCACCUAGGUGCCUACUGAGGACACCAGUACCUGAAGAUGUAGAUGGCAGUAAAAAUGGCAGAUGGCUGCAAGUCUGAUGAGCGAUGAGUGAGGCGGACCCUCAAAUAUCCUUGCAGAGUGUUCAAGAGCAUCUCUGUUUUCAUCUCUUUGACCUGAGGGGCUUCUGUGACAGUCCCCUUUCAGCAGGAUUUCUACAGCAACAUCAAAUUCAAGACCCAGCCAACCUCCUUCCGAAGCAAGAGAACGUUCUCCAGCAGGUUUCCUUGGGGGUCUCCUUCCCCCUGUGCUUCGCUGGCACUCACGUGCUCUCCAUCCUUACAUGCUGAUUGUAUGUCUCCUUAGAAUUGCCACAUACUUGUCUUGGGUCUGCCUGCAGUGUGGCAUUCAGAACAGAUUGACUUCCUCUUCUACAGGACUUUCAUCUAAAUAUUCAGAUGGUACUAGCCUGUUUCUUCUCCUGCCCCCAAAGUCCCUUCUAGGUUAUAUAUAGCCAUUCCUGGCGAACAGUCUCUCAGUAUAGGCUGUGUAUGAUUUUUCUGAUCUUGUCCCCAUUCAGUUUGACCCUUCUAGAAACUGUUGCCCAUUUGUCAGUGUCCCCUUCUAGGCUGCAGCACUCAGAAUUCAUCACGGUAAUGCCACAGAUAUGGUUUAACCUACCAAAGUCCAGUGGGAUUAUUAACUAACUCCUUUGUUUGACUACAAAGCACUGAGUCAUUCUGUUUUGAUCACUGUAAUGAGGUAGAUGAGGCACCUCCAUGUCAAAGGAUUCCAAUCCUUGCUUGGCAAGUUGGUUUUCCCUCUUUAUAAAGUAAGGGCGAUGAUAAUUGCAUAAGGUUUUCUAGUUUACAUGCUCCUCUCACACCUGUUUUAUUUAAGUAAUCCUUUCCUUGGCUACCUCAUAGAGCUGUUAUUAUCAAGCAAAUAACACAGGCAAUAGUAUUUUAUACAAUUCUAAAAUUUGUAAAGAAUUGUAUACCUGUGCAGACUGAGAGAGUGUUAGCUUUUUUAAGACAGAGUUGUUUAGCUUAUUGAGUAUGCAUGACGAGUUAGUUCUAGAACUUUGGUGCAGGAUUUUACAUAUACCUGGAAUAAUUUAUUAAGCUAGGAUGUUCUGAAUCUGAACUGUGUUUCUUUUGAGCUAUUCCUAAUUUAAUUUUCUAUCCGUUUGAUAAGUAUGUCCAAUAGUUUCCAGAUUGCCAAUUGUUAAUUUGUUACCAAGACAGAAGAGAACAGAUCUAAAUCUAAGCCAUAAGGUACAUAUCACUGGAAGCUCCUCCUGCCUUGACGUAGAUCAGCACAGCGGGCAUGGUUGUUGCUUCUGACCAGGCCCUACUUCUAGAGUUACUAAACUGGACCUAAGGAGUGCCAUGGACAUAGGGACUUUUAUGAGAAAGUAAAACAAAUAUGUCCCUAGUGGUCCAUCUAAGAUUACUAGAUUGGUAGAUCAAGGAGAUGUGGCGCCUGUAAAAACCAGCAGUAUUCAAAUGCAGAUGUCUUUCCGAAACAAGAUAGAUCUUUAAAUCUGUGGCAUUUCUCUAGUUGGGUACUACUACCAAUGGAUGAAAAAUCAUUUGUUGAAUACCUACUUUGCGCUAGGCAUGGGCUCUAGGGGUACAAGAUGACUAAAGCCUGUCUUGUCCCCAAGGAGAGUACAGGCAUGUUAGAUGUGUCUUGCAUAGGUAUGCUGGCUCCUGGUAAUGGAUGACUUUCUCUACCCACCUCUGCCCAGGUACCUGCACACUCUCUCUCCAGGAGUCCACUCUAGCAUGACAGCCAGGCUCUUCAGCCUAUAGUAGAGAGGUCCUUGCCUUUUGGGUGGGGGUCAGGAAGCAGCGGGCCCUCAUGCAGGUUCCUGUUCUUUUGUUUGCCAGGGCAUCUCACAUCAGUGAACUGUUUAAUCCAUGCAUCUUUGUUCAUCGUUCUUUCUGAGUCUGGAUUCUUCUGGGAAUCCAGCCUUUGUGCUCACUCCCACCUUGUUUAAUUGAAAUUUCAAAGUCCAACUUUUAACUAUGUAUAUUCUAAAUUGUAUAUUCUAAACUGAAGGUCUUUUUCUAGUUAGAGAAGGCAAAGUUGACAUUCUGUUUUUUCUGCAUUUUCUUAUUUAUUAGUUAUGCGGUUUGCUUUAUGCAUUGGACUAACUCCUCUCAGGGCAUUUUAAAAACUUUGUCAGUUUCAUAGUAUUGGUACAUUGAGCCAUAAUAUCUUUGCAUUUAUCUGACUGUACGUAUUCGGAGAGAAAAAAUUGUGCUGGUGCCGUAUGCUGACAUGUUGAUCUGAAGGUCCAGCUGUACCUCUGAGAAAAGGGCCCGGCUUUACAAUGCAUUUAGGCUCUUCCUGGGCCAGCGCUCUCACCAAGGAGAAGGCCAUGUUCAGUUUGAGCAUGAAGAUCAUGAGGCCCAAUGACAAGAAGCUGGACAGCUUCAUGUCCGGCAUAUACCAGGCUCUCCUCAAGCUGGGGAUGAACUCGGACCUCAAAGCCCAGCUAAAGGAGCUGAAUAUAACAGCAGCCAAGGAAAUUGGAGUUGGUGGUGGUCCAAAAGCUAUUAUCAUCUUUAUUCCCGUUCCUCAACUGAAAUCUUUCCAGAAAAUCCAAGUCCGGCUCGCCUGUGAAUUGGAGAAAACGUUCAGUGGGAAGCAUGUUGUCUUUAUUGCUCAGAGGAGAAUUCUGCCUCGGCCAACUCAAAAAAGCCAUACAGAAAAUAAGCAAAAGUGUCCCAGGAGCUGCACUUUGACAGGCGUGCACGACGCGAUCCUGGAGGACUUGGUUUUCCCAAGCAAAAUUGUGGGCAAGAGAAUCCACGUGAAACUGGAUGGCAGCCAGGUUAUAAAGGUUCAUUUGGCUAAAGCACAGCAGAACAAUGGGGAGCACAGGGUUGAAACUUUCUCUGGCAUCUAUCGGAAGCUCACUGGCAAGGAUGUUCACUUUGAGUUCCCAGAGUUUCUGUCGUAAACAAAUAUGAUU